GGCCUGCGCAAGCUGGGCCCCCCGGGGUCCGUGUAUGACGUGCCACGUGACCCGGCCCCGGCCGGCAGCCGGGCCGCCUCCUUGGAGGCCGAUGGGGACGGCGUGUACGACGUGCCUCCCCAGGCUGACCGUGAGCCCCGCGCCGACGGCAAGCGGCUGUCCGCCUCGAGCACGGGCAGCACCCGCAGCAACCUGUCGUCCUCAUCCCUAGACGUGGCCCCCACGAAGGAGCCGCCCAUGGACCUGGAGGCCGCCAUGGACACGCUGGCCCGGCUGCAGCACGGCGUUGGCGCCGCUGUCGCCCGCCUCAUGGCCUUCGUGGGCGGCAGCGGCUGGCGGGAGCCGGAGCUGCUUGAGCCCCACGUGCCGGGCCUGCGGGCUGCCACGGCUGAGGUCAGGGCGGCCGUCAGGGAGCUGCUGGAGUUCGCCCGGGGGGCCGUGGGCCACGCAGCACAUGCCACAGACCGGGCCCUGCACGCCAAGCUGACCAGGCAGCUGCAGAAGAUGGAGGACGCUUACCAGGCGCUGCUGGCGCACAGCCAGGCCCUGGACGGCUGCCAGUGGGCCCUGAGCGCCCUCACGGCCGGGGGGCAGCCCCCGGGGGCCACCGACAGCCUGGACGGCCUGGUGACGUGCUCGCGGGGCAUCCCCGACGACACCAAGCAGCUGGCCUCCUUCCUGCACGGGAACGCCUCGCUGCUCUUCAGAAGGACAAAGCCUGAUGCAGGCAGCCAGCCUGGGCCCCCCAGCCUCCACCCCCAGCCCACCCAGCCCCCUGACAAGGCGAGCAGCAUCCAGUCCAGGCCCCUGCCCUCCCCCCCCAAAUUCACUUCCCAGGACUCCCCUGACGGGCAGUAUGAGAACAGCGAGGGAGGCUGGAUGGAGGAUUACGACUACGUCCACUUGCAGGGAAAAGAAGAGUUUGAGAAAACCCAGAAGGAGCUCUUAGAGAAGGGCAACAUCAUCCGGCAGGGCAAAGGGCAGCUGGAGCAACAGCAGCUGAAGCAGUUCGAGCGGCUAGAGCAGGAGGUGUCGCGGCCCAUCGAGCAUGACCUGUCAGGCUGGACGCCGUCCCAGCCUCUGGCGCCAGGCCGGCCUGGGGGGUUGGGGCCCUCUGACCGGCAGCUGCUCCUCUUCUACCUGGAGCAGUGCGAGUCCAACCUGACCACCCUGACCAAUGCCGUGGACGCUUUCUUCAGCGCCGUCGCCACCAACCAGCCUCCCAAGAUCUUCGUGGCCCACAGCAAGUUCGUCAUCCUCAGCGCCCACAAGCUGGUGUUCAUCGGCGACACGCUGUCGCGCCAAGCCAAGGCCCCGGAUGUGCGCAGCCAGGUGACCCACUACAGCAACCUGCUGUGCGACAUGCUCAAGGAGAUCGUGGUGACCACCAAGACGGCCGCCCUGCAGUACCCCUCGCCCACGGCUGCCCAGGACAUGGUGGACCGCGUGAAGGAGCUGGGCCAGAGUACGCAGCAGUUCAGGCGCGUCCUGGGCCAGCUGGCCGCGGCCUGAGCCCAAGGGGGGGUGGGGGCACCCUGACACCCUGGACGGUGGGCUCCUGCGGCCGGACUGUACAUGAAUUUGUAUAUAUUGGAAAAGAGAAGGCUGCAGGGAUGGAGGCGCCCUGGGACAGGGAGGCCUGGAGGGAGGCUGAACCUCUUGCCCUGCUCCUGCCCCCCAACCUUACUGCGCCUGUGCCCGUGUCUGUGUGGGGGACAGAGGAAAACACUAAAGAACUAUUUUUCAUUAUUGAUUUUCCAAUCAUGUGAUUAAUGGUCUACAUUUAAAUAAUAAAAAAAAACACAACCCAAACUCAA